AAUGUAUUACUACUAGACUAAAUACAAACUUUGGGCUUAUCUUGAAAUGCUGCUCCACUAAAACCAAAAGUCCAUCCAGUCCAAACGUUCCCAUCUCGCCACCGUGAACACCCCACACAUAAACACACUCCAAGCGCUCGUUAGCAACCUACGCUGUCUUCGCCACCGCGCGAUCGCCGUCGAUGGAGUCUCUCUUCGACUCGAUCAACGUCCGCGACCUUCUUUCGGCGCAGGAUCUCUCGGACCCUAACUCCCCUCUCUCGGCGCCGGAUCUCCGUCUCCUGAUCCAGCGCCUGGAGUCGCACUCCCUCCAAAUCCGCUCUCAGGUGCAGUCCUACCUCGUCUCGCACCGCGAGGAUUUCGCGCGCCUCUUUUCCCUCUGCAACGACGCUGUUUCGCAGACGCGCGAGGUCUCCGACGACGUCACCGCCAUCCUCCGUCUCCUCUCCGACCGCCCUAUCGACGCCGAGGUGCGCGACAUCGUGUCGGAGAUGAAGGCAAAGAAGGAGGAACUGAAAGUGAAGAAGGAACUGCUGGGAUUGGUUGGAACCGUUGUGGCGCUGAACCAGAGAUUGGAGAGUGUGAGGGAAGCGUUGAAGAGUGGGAGGUUCGAAUUCGCGGCGCAAGGGUUGAAGGAGUUGAAGGUGGCGUUGAGGAUUGGUGAGGAGAAUGAUAGGGAGCCUUUGGUGUAUGGCUUGUUGAGGAAGGAGUGGUCUCAGUGCUUUGAAGAGAUUCAAGAGGUCCUCAUGAAGUUUAUGGAAAAGGCAGUACGAUUUGAUGGGGAUUUGAAUCAAGUUGAAGUCAAGUAUCAUUUAGAAGUUGAGAAUGUGAAUGGGAUUCAAUUACACACAGUUGUGGAGGCAAUGGAUGUAGUUGGUAUUCUAGAGUAUGGGCUUGCUAAAGUUGCUGAUUUGAUGAUCAAGUAUGUCAUUACUCCUUUUGUAAAUCAUGGACAACCUCUUUCAUUUCUUGAGGAAUUGCAUCAAGAAUCGGCUCUACUGAAGAUAGUUCCAUCACUAGAUAGUAAGUUUGAAUAUUUGGAUGGGGAGUUUCUCUAUUCAGGGAUUCUGCUGUUUAUCAAAUUUAUUUACAGAAGUAUUUGCUUCCAGAAAAGUUCUUGGAUGCAGUGUUUUGGACGGUUGACAUGGCCAAGGAUAUCAGAGCUAAUAAUAUCUACCUUUCUUUCAAAGGUUGUCCCAACAGAUGCAUCAAAACUUCCUGACUUUCAGAAGAUCAUUGUAUGUUCAUCUGAAUUUGAGACAGCUUUAAAAGAGCUUAUGUACAUUUCAGCAUCAGAUGACAAAGAUAACAGGCUGAGCAAUUUUGCUGAAAAUGUUGAGGUUCACUUUGCAUUCAAGAAAAAGACAGAGAUCUUGGCUAAAGCUAGAAACCUACUUCUAGAAUGUGACUUUUCAAUUCCUCAAGAGUAUACAAGGGAUGGUUCUGUUUGGAAGAGUGAUGAAACUUCUGUCCAGUCAUCCAGCCAUGUGGUAGAUUUGCUUUUCUUAUCAGAGAGGUGUCUAGUAUCCAAAGCAGCCAAACAAUUGAUGGAGCUAGUUCAUCAGACGCUGCAGGAUGUUUGCCUGUCAUCUACAAGAGUUGCUUUGGAAUUUUAUCACACAGCUAGAGAUGCUAUACUACUUUAUGAAGUAGUUGUCCCUGUCAAGCUAGAGAGGCAGCUCAAUGGCAUUAAUCAUGUAGCCGUUCUGUUGCAUAAUGACUGUCUUUAUCUCUCCCAGGAGAUAUUUGGGUUUGCAUUUGAGUAUCGAACAGACUUUCCAAGUUCCAUGAAGGAACAUGCUGUGUUUGUUGAUUUGGCUCCAAGGUUUCAGCUGUUGGCAGAAGAAAUAUUGCAGAGACAAGUUCACCUUGUUAUUUAUAAUUUGAAGGAGGCUAUAGAUGGUGCUGAUGGAUUUCAGAAUACUCAUCAGAUGAAACAAUUUGAGUCAGCUAAAUUUAGCAUAGACCAGGUUGUUUUCAUUCUGGAAAAAGUACAUAUCAUAUGGGAGCCGCUUUUGCUGCCUUCAACUUACAGGAGAAGCAUGUGUACAGUCUUAGAGUCAGUUUUCUCAAGAAUUGCCAGAGAUAUACUUCUGUUAGAUGACAUAGCUGCAGAGGAGACUUUACAGCUACAAAGACUUAUUUAUUUAAUGCUGGAAAACCUGUUGUCAUUAUUUGAGUCUUUGGCCCCUGGAGAACAGAAUUUGCAUGAGUUCUCUGCAGAGUCUCUUGAAGAUUUUAUCCCAUCCUUACGUAAAAUCCGUAAACUAUCAGAAUUAUUAGAUAUGCCUUUAAAAUCCAUUACAGCAUCUUGGGAGAAUAAAGAAUUGCUCUCUUGUGGCUUUACAAUAACUGAGGUGGAAGAUUUCAUAAAAGCUAUAUUUACAGACUCACCUUUAAGAAAAGAUUGUUUAUGGAGGAUACAAAAUCCGAGCUUUUAGAUUUUUCAUCUAACUUCCUAAUAAAUUUAUAAAUCACGAAGAACACACUAGAGUUUGAGAGUCAGAGAUGAUCGAUCACCUAAGCAUAUAUCAUGUGAGUUUGAGCUGCUGCUCCAAAUAUUACAGCUAGCAGAAAGUACAGAUUUGAAGCAGAUUCGUGCUGAUGAAUUUACUGAGGAGGCUUCCCCAUAAAGAUUUUGUCGACAAAAGUCUUAUGCUGAAGAAGUGAUAGUCUUUUUUUUUCCUUCCUUUUUCCGUUUAAAGUAAAACUGGGGAGGGGUUUGGUGCAGAGUUGUGCCUCGUUUCCAUUAUAGAGCAUCCUAAUUGUUGCUCAUUAAUAGGAAACACGGAUAUGAAUUCAAUGGUCGAUAUAUAUAUACUUGUAAUGCUGCUAAUACAAGGCAGAUUUAGUGAGACCAUUUUUAGAAGCAGAUAAAUAAACGAUUGUGGCACAAAUGUUGGAAAUAGCAUUUUUCAUUCAGGUUUUGUGAUUCGCACUAUUACGUAAUAAAUGUUACAUUUGGUUGCAGUGUACAAAUUGCCUACAUGACAGUUACGCCACUAUUGGAUGUAUCGACUUUCAAUGUAAUAGAAAUAAUGUGUUGAUUAUAUUUAAAUUUAA